AUGGCAAGCGAGAAGCACAAAAUUGCCCCAGACCGCGUGUCCGGCGCAAGUCCCCUCACCCAACCAGCCCACACGCUCACCCACGAAGCCGUGAUCAGGGAACUGGGCACGGGACUAGACGACGGUCUAAGUCCAGAAGAAGCCAAGCAGCGACUGCUGGACUACGGGCCAAACAAACUCGACGAAGAUGAAGGCGUCUCGGUGAUCAAAAUCCUGGUCCGCCAGGUCGCCAAUGCAAUGAUGCUAGUGCUCAUUCUCGCCAUGGCAGUUAGCUUCGGGAUCCAGUCAUGGAUCGAGGGUGGUGUCAUCUCCGCUGUCAUCAUCCUUAAUAUCAUUGUCGGGUUCUUCCAAGAAUAUGCUGCUGAAAAAACGAUGGAGUCGUUGCAUUCGUUGUCGUCGCCGACUGGUACUGUUUCCAGAGGUGGGCAGACUAUCUCUGUGCCUUCUGCCGAGAUUGUUCCUGGUGAUAUGGUUGAGUUGAGGACGGGGGAUACUAUUCCUGCUGAUAUUCGUCUUGUCGAAGCAGUCAACUUCGAGACCGACGAGGCUCUGCUCACUGGCGAGUCCCUUCCAGUCCAGAAAGAAUAUGACGCCAUCUUCAAGGAGGACACCGGCCCUGGAGAUCGACUCAACAUCGCCUACAGCUCGAGCACUGUCACGCGUGGACGUGCUCGCGGUGUGGUUGUGAGCACAGGCAUGGCCACCGAAAUCGGUUCUAUCGCUCUCGCACUCCGAGCCAGCGAUAGCAAGCGUCGUCCAGUCAAGCGCGGUCCAAACGGCGAGGUCAAAAGACGAUGGUAUGCUUUAGCCUGGACAUUGACUGGAACAGACGCCGUAGGUCGGUUCCUCGGUGUCAACAUCGGAACGCCCUUGCAAAGAAAAUUGUCCAAACUAGCCUGCUUACUCUUCGGGGUUGCUGUGGUUUUUGCGAUCGUCUGCAUGGCCGCAAACCUUUUCAGUAGCAAUACUGAAGUGAUCAUGUACGCUGUCGCGACGGGUAUCAGUAUGAUUCCGGCGUGUUUGGUGGUUGUCCUUACCAUCACGAUGGCAGUUGGGACUAAGCGCAUGGUUGAGCGGAAUGUUAUUGUCCGCAAGCUCGAUUCUCUAGAAGCCUUGGGUGCGGUCACUGAUAUCUGUUCGGACAAGACUGGGACAUUGACGCAGGGAAAGAUGGUUGUUAAAAAGGCUUGGAUUCCCUCUCGUGGAACAUAUUCAGUCGGUACCUCUAACGAGCCGUUCAACCCUACUGUUGGAACUGUCGCAUUUACUCCCUUAUCGCCUCGCGAUUUCAACGAUAGCCAGGAACAUACACCCGCAGAGAAUCCGGAGAAUCUGGUCGCAGGAAAUCGCCAGCUCGAAGACUUCUUGGAUGUGGCGUCUAUGGCCAACCUCUCCCAUGUCUACAAGUCUGAAGAAGAAGGCGAAUGGAAAGUCCGAGGGGAACCCACGGAAAUUGCCAUCCAAGUUUUCGCUUCCCGCUUCAACUGGAAUCGGGACCGCUGGACCAAAGGUCAGGGCGCAACAUGGUUUCAAAAAGCUGAAUUUGGAUUCGAUUCGACUGUGAAGAAAAUGUCCGUGAUUUUCAGCAAGAUGACUUCCCAGGACAAUCGUACUAUGGUUUUCACUAAGGGUGCAGUCGAGCGUGUCAUCGAGUCCUGCGUCUCAGUGAUUUGGGACCAAGAUUCUUCCACGGCAGUCCCAAUGACCCAAGACCAUCGCGAUCAGAUUCUCCAAAACAUGGAAGAACUUGCCAAGCUAGGCCUACGAGUGUUGGCAUUGGCACAUCGCCCAUACACUGAUCAACCUCAAAUCCUCGAAGGAGCUGAUCUAGAGCGCGAAAGUGUCGAGAAAGAUCUAUGCUUCCUGGGAUUAAUCGGUCUAUAUGAUCCACCGCGUCCGGAAACCGCAGCCUCGAUUCAAGCUUGCUACCGAGCUGGCGUUACAGUUCACAUGGUGACUGGGGACCACCCUGGCACCGCCAAAGCUAUUGCUCAACAAGUUGGAAUUCUACCAGACUUUAAUUCCGUGGCAGCCGAUGUCGCGGACGCCAUGGUCAUGACCGCCGGUCAGUUCGAUAAACUUACGACCGAGCAGAUCGAUGCUCUUCCAACACUCCCUUUAGUUAUUGCACGCUGCACCCCACAGACCAAAGUCCGCAUGAUUGACGCCCUUCAUCGUCGAGGCCGUUUCGUUGCCAUGACCGGCGACGGUGUGAACGAUUCUCCUUCGCUCAAGCAUGCAGACGUUGGCAUCGCGAUGGGACAAGCCGGAUCCGACGUAGCGAAAGAUGCGUCUGAUAUCAUUCUCACCGACGAUAACUUUGCGUCAAUUCUCAACGCCGUCGAAGAAGGCCGUCGCAUAUUCGACAAUAUUCAGAAAUUCGUGCUUCAUCUCCUCUCCGAAAACAUCGCACAAGCCUGCACCCUACUCAUCGGCCUAGCCUUCAAGGACGCAGACAAUCAAUCAGUCUUCCCUCUUUCCCCAGUCGAAAUCCUCUGGAUUAUCAUGAUCACCUCCGGCAUGCCGGACAUGGGACUGGGAAUGGAAGUCGCCACGCCAGACAUUAUGGACCGUCCCCCGCAAAGCAAAAAAGGAAUCUUCACCUGGGAAGUAAUUAUCGACAUCGUGGUCUACGGCCUCUGGACCGCAGCACUCUGUCUCGCGGCAUUCUCUGUCCGGAUGUGGGGAUUUGGCGACGGUAAUCUCGCCCGCGGCUGCAACAAGGAAUGGUCAGAGGAGAUCAAAGAUUGCGAACUGGUUUUCCGAGCCCGAGCAACAACCUUCGUGUGCCUUACUUGGUUCGCACUAUUUCUUGCGUGGGAAAUGGUUAACAUGCGCCGGUCUUUCUUCCGCAUGCAACCCAAAUCUACGAAGUAUUUCACUCAGUGGAUGUAUGAUGUUUGGCGGAACAAGUUCCUUUUCUGGUCUAUAAUGGCUGGAUGGAUUACUAUGUUUCCUAUUCUUUAUAUCCCGGUCUUGAAUGACGUUGUCUUCAAGCACAAGCCUAUUACCUGGGAAUGGGGUAUUGUUGCUGUCGAGGCUGUUCUUUUUUUCCUGGGUGUUGAAGCUUGGAAAUGGGCUAAGCGCGUGUUUUUCCGACGCAGGGAGUACAAGAAUGCGACGUUGAGAUCGUUGGAGCAGAUCUCGGAACAAGCCUAA